GAGCGCGCCUGCGUCUCCUGCUCCACACUCCCCUCCCUUCAGUGCUGCGCGGUGGUGGGUGCGGCGGAGGUGCCCUCUGAUCUACCCCCCGAGUGCGGGGCUGUCACUGGUCUGUCAUAGUGAGGAAGCAGAGGAGACAUUGUGAAUGGCUAAAAAUAUGGACUACAAAGCUUACCAUGCCAACCCCAAGCCACCGCUACCGUGAUAUUGAGAGGACAGCUGAGUACCUCCAACCAGAAAAGUGUCUCCCACCACCAGUAGAUAACUCCAUGGAUAAAGUGUGGUUCAUCAAAGAUGGCUGCGGCAUUGCUUGUGGCAUAGUAACCUGGUUCCUGGUUUUCUAUGCAGAGUUUGUUGUUAUUUUUGUUAUGCUGCUGCCAUCCAAAGACUUGGUUUAUAGCACAAUCAAUGGGAUUAUCUUUAAUUUGUUGGCGUUCCUAGCUCUGGCUUCACAUUUUCGAGCUAUGAUCACCGAUCCUGGGGCCGUUCCUAAAGGAAAUGCCACAAAGGAAUACAUUGAAAGCCUGCAAUUGAAACCAGGACAAGUGGUUUACAAAUGCCCAAAAUGUUGCAGCAUCAAGCCUGACAGAGCUCACCAUUGCAGUGUAUGUAAAAGAUGCAUCAGGAAGAUGGAUCACCAUUGUCCGUGGGUUAAUAACUGCGUGGGAGAAAACAACCAGAAAUUUUUUGUUUUGUUCACUAUGUACAUAGCCCUGAUCUCCUUACAUGCCCUCAUCAUGGUAGGGUUUCAUUUCCUGUACUGUUUUGAAGAAGACUGGACAAAGUGCAGCUCCUUCUCUCCACCAACCACCGUCAUCCUCCUUAUUCUGCUUUGUUUUGAGGGUUUGCUUUUCCUCAUCUUCACUGCUGUGAUGUUUGGCACACAAGUACACUCAAUCUGUACUGAUGAAACGGGAAUUGAACGACUGAAGAAGGAAAAUCCAACUUGGCAGAAGACUAGUAGGUGGGAUGGAAUGAAACAAGCUUUUGGCGGCAGUUUUUCUCCUGCGUGGUUCAGCCCUUUCUCAGGAACACUCUAUCAUAAGGUGCCAUCAGAUAUUGAAACCGGAAAAGGUGGAAAGGACAGUGAAAUAGUAACUGGCAGGUUGGAGGGACACGUUGAGGUUAUUGAAAUAGGAGGUGGAAUCGGUCACUGCACCAAUUCCUAAGAACCAGAAACCACAUCGCCCACAACCUGAAAUGUAUUGGCUUACAUUACAUUCAGUGUUAAAGUCUCACCACCGCACCAUCUCAAAACCUCUGUUUUCCAUUUUAUAUCUUAUGGCAGCCAAACCAAUUGUUACAUUGCACACUAGGUCCAUCAAAUGAUUCAUCCACCCGAAGGUGGAUAUGCCAAGACAUCGGGUUUUGGUUCUACUCUGCUGUGAAGUGAAGCAUGGUGUCAUCUCUUGCGUUGUACAUUGUACCACUUUGCAAGGCCUUACUGUUUUAGGUUAAUAUAACUCUACUGUAUUCUUUUUAUUACAUGUUAAGCAUAUUUUAGAUCUUACAUUGUUGCCCAUAGAUAACAUCUAUGAUUACUCACAAACCCUCUAACUUUCAUUGACGUAUGAGAAUACCAUUUAUUGGGGGAACAAAUGGCUAAUAAGCUUGGGCAUCUGUCGGUUUGAUUAACCCUAUUAAACCAGUGAAUAUGUCUAGGAGGGCUGAUGUGGUAGUAUACCAAAAUAGGGGGACUGGUAGAUGGUAGUACCCUCCAAGUCUCACCUAUUCUUGAAUAAACCCUUUUGGGCGCCAAUAGUGGUCGGUCGAUAGUGGUGGCUAGGUGUCAAGCUACUUUGGUGUGUAAUAGGUUUUACAUCAGCGUAACAUUUGCAAAGAAGUGGAUUAAAGGAUAUAGGGAUGUAUAUAGAGAUAACGAUGUAUAGGAUAAAAACAUAUAUAUACGUAUACCAUAUGUAAAAUCUGCAUAAAAGAUUGUACACAUAGAUAGGAUCACUGCAUACCGUCUCAAGUGCCUCUUUGAAAAAAUAUAUCUUCCCCUACUCCGUUGCUGCAUUUAGGAGAAAUAUGUGUUUUUAAAAAUAUGCAAAUUAGAGCUUAAAAGGGUAUUCCAGUUGUUACAAGUUAUGCCCUAUGCACAGGAUAGGUGAUAACUGUUAGCAGUAGGAUCCCCACCAAUCUAAGACUCACACUGAUAAUAACAGGGGCCCUGUACUGCACAGAACCCCCCAAAAUGAAUGGAGCAUGCGCACUGCAGUCAACAAUUUCCGGAAGUCCCAUAGAGAUGAAUUAAGUGGCGGUUGAACCCUCGCUGAUCUAAUAGUUAUCCCCUAAGUGCCCUGAGGGUGGACCUAACAGUACACUUUUGUUCCUCCACUCUACUUCCCUGGAGGGGAGAGUGUACAGGGACGCAGAGGAGUUAAGCACAGUGAGAGGCCUGGGCCUGCCCUCUGUGUACUUUAAGGGGUUUUCUGGGAUUUUAAUAUUCGCCUGUCUUCAGGGUAGGUCAUCAAUGUAAGAUCGGCGGGGGUCAGCGAUCGGCUGGUUGAAGAGAAGGCCGUGCUCUGUGCGAGCGCAGCCUUCCCUUCAUUGUUUAACUGCUCACCGUCUACACCACAGCGGUGAGCAGGUGUAAUUACCAGUUAAUUACGUUCAGUUCAAUGGGAUGUCUCGUUCCUAUACAAGUGUAUAGGAUCUAUUAUUGAUGACCUAUCCUUAAGAAAGGCCCUUUAAGUGCAAAAACACAUAUUUCUCCAAAAUGCAGAAAUGGUAAGAAAGUAUGUUUUUAAUCCGUAGGGUCAGUCCUCUCUGGCAAAACGGCUCGUUUAAUAGGGUUGAUCCUGCUGACACCUUCCCUUUAAAUGCAAAUAGCCUGUAAAAUGUACACAUUGACAUAUAUAAGUUAGGGCUAAUGCACACCAGCCUGUAUUGCGGCCUGCAGACAGCCGGUCUGCAAUAUAUGGGCACCGGCCAUGUGCGUACCGCAUCACUUGAAUGGGUCCACAAUCCGGAAGACACGGAGCAGAGGCACAAAGCGGAAGGAAUGCUUCUGUGGAAUUUCGGUCUGUGCCUCUGCACAGCAAAAAAAUAAAACAUGCUCUAUUUUUUUGCAGUGUGGACGGAUCACUGGCGCAUUCAAGUUGAAUAGGCCUGCAUCCGUCAGCAAUUUGCAGUCUCCAAUGCAUGGCACUGGGUGACACAUGUUCGCAUGCAUGAGCUCUUAAUCCAAGUAAUAGUUUUAGUAGGGGACCUGUAAAUUGAACGUGCAGCGGUAGACCGGCGUGUCAGACCACCUGAAGGUGGAGGUGCCGGCAGCUUCACAAACAUAGGAGGAGGAGGAGGAGGACAACUCCUAGGAAGAUUGCAAGUAUUCUCUCCUCCCUGCACUGCGCUCAUAUCCCUUGAAUGCCUACAUAUUGGUCACAGCACAUUGGCAAAAUCAUUCAUUCCUAAGAGAAUGCAUGAUUUUGCUAAAACACACUGCCACCAGUGACUGCUUUUACACCAUAAAAAACACUGAACUACAGCACAGGUAUCAUUAGACAGAGCUGUCUAGCCCUGUCAUUCAAAGAGGAGGGCUACACCCGCCCCUGGGUGCCCCUCCACAAUGCUGCAAGUGGAGAAAUAUAGGGGGUCAUUUACUAACCAGAAAUAUGCCUAUAUUAGGCGUAUUUCUGGUGCAGAUUGCGGCGCAAAGGCCUGUAGGGCGGCCGUAGGACCUAUUCACUUGAAUAGGGCCCGUCGUCCACACCCAAAAAAGUAGUGCAUGCUACUUUUUUGCACUGCCAGAAAACCCACGGAAGCACUCUGUAGGAAGCCUCUGUUCCGCACCUCAUCUCCCGGACUGAGGACCCAUACAGUGUGCACACGGCUCAUGCAUACACCGGGAAACAGGUGUAUGCAUGAGCCCUAAAUGUAAGACCGCUAGGAAGCGACGGUGGAUCCUCCCAUAGUUAUCAGCAUUAUCAACCCUACCAGCAAUAUGCCUGGUUCAAUAGGGUUGAUCAUGCUGUCAUCUUUAACUACUUUACAGUCAGGUCCAUAAAUAUUGG